AAGAGUUUAGUGGGGGUAUAUAAGCGGCACAGUUCUCUUCCUGUGGCUUUUAAGGGUUGACUUCCCUCAGCGUACACUCAUAUUCUCGUGCAGCCAGUACUUCACUUCUCCACCACCAUGAGCUUCUACGCACCUCAGGCCUCUCACAUGUCCUUCACCCGCUCUGUGCCCGCACACCGUGCUGCAAGUACGUAUGGUGGGGCAGGUGGACAGGGCACCAGGAUCUCAUCCGUCUCUUCCAUGUCUCUCCGUUCGGCACCUAGAAGCGGUGGCCUUACCUCUUCCUCGGCCUUCAAGGUGAGCUCAGCCGGCAUGGGUGCUGGUGUAGGGGGUUCCCUCAGGGCCGGUGCUGGCUCCUCAGGGGCCCAAAUGGGCAAUGAGAAAGGCCAGAUGCAGAAUUUAAAUGACCGUUUGGCCACUUACCUGGAAACGGUGCGAAGGCUGGAGCAGGAGAACAGCAAACUGGAGAUGAAGAUCAGAGAGGCCCUGGAGAAAGGUGGACCAGAAACUCGCGACUACAGCAAGUACAACGCCAUCCUGGAUGACCUGAGGAGGAAGGUGUUUGAUGCCACUUUGGACAAUGCUGGUUUUGUUCUGCAGAUUGACAACGCUCGUCUGGCUGUAGAUGACUUCAGAGUCAAGUUUGAGAAUGAGAUGGCCAUCAGGCAGUCUGUGGAAGGAGAUAUUGCAGGUCUGAAGAAGGUCAUUGAUGACACCAAUAUUGGACGCCUGAAUGUGGAGGGUGAAAUUGAGUCUUUGAAAGAAGAGCUCGUCUUCCUCAAGAAAAACCAUGAAAAUGAAGUUGGGGACUUCCGAAACCAGAUCUCACAGUCAGGUGUUCAGGUGGAUGUUGAUGCACCCAAAGGACAGGAUAUGGCUCAAGUGAUGGAAGAUAUGAGGGCUAACUAUGAAAAGCUAGCUCUCAAAAAUGCAGAAGAACUCAAAAUGUGGCACGAAUCCCAGAUAUCAGAUGUUCAGGUGCAGGUCGCUCAGAACACAGAGGCAUUACAAGGAGCUCAGAUGGAGGUUAAUGACCUUCGGCGACAGAUGCAAACACUACAAAUAGAGCUCGCAUCCCAACAAAGCCUGAAAGCGUCACUUGAAGAUACCCUGCGGAACACAGAGCAGCGUUCAAAUGCAGAGAUGGAGAAGUACAAUAACAUCAUUCUGCAGUUUGAAGCUGAGCUGGGACAGCUGAGGUCAAAUAUCACAGAGCAGGGUCAGGAAUAUGAAGCCCUGCUUAAUAUGAAGAUGAAACUGGAAGCCGAGAUCAGCACUUACAAGAAACUUCUAGAUGGGGAAGACUUCAAGUAAAGACAUAAAACUCCAGGAUGCACUAGACGGCCGAGACUGAUGUUGCAAGCGCCAAUCUUGAAGAGCAGACCACAGAAUGUGGGCUAAACGACUCAUCAAAUAAAGUUACAAUUUUAGACAGCAUUCACAUCGAAAACUCGUGGCAAAUCUUUAUCAUUUGAAAGUCCCUUUCCAAUAUGUCUAGACACAACAAAUGUAGGUUUCAUUUGGUUGUCAUUUACAGGUUAAUUAUUACUUUACGUCAACAAAGCCCGUUCCACCCUACAGUCUAAUUUAACACAUACAAUAAGAGUUACAGAACAACAGAAGCAGCUUUUUAAACAUUGAGUAUCUUUGAGUCUUUAUAAUACACAAUCCCAUGUCAUUGCACAUUUAUACAGUAAACCCAACCAUACGAUUAAAUGUGUAGAGAAAUGUGAACUUCUCUCAAGUCAAGGUAGUAAUGAAAUAAAUAGUGCUUUGUGAAAUGUGUAAAAGUGAAAUUUGGAAUCAAGCAAACACAUGGUACAACGGUUUCCUCUGUGAAGUUGCAGUUUUGUCCACUAGAUUGAAUGGCUCUUAGUGAGCAUAAAUGGGUCCUACAAGAUGGUGUAUUUCACACACAAAUACAUUAAACUCAAAUUUUAGUAGAGUAAGUCUAGCUACAGCUCAUUAUUCAGUGUACUCAUAUAUUCCAAAUGAAACAAACCCUAUCAAAAAUGUGACGGGCUCUUUUAAGGCAGAACUUCCAUUCUUACUGAGCAUUAAAAUUCAUCCGGAUUUAUACAAGUGAUUGGUUUAAUAUGUGAUAUGUUUUAAGUCAGCUGUUGGACUAACACCAAGACAGGAUACAAAAAAAGGCAUUUGAUAGACAACAUUUAAAAUCACAUGAUGUUUUAGCUGCCAAUGCUGUUAACUUCCACUAACAAGACACAAGCUUGUUAGCAUUUAAUGCUAGCCAUUUGAAGAAGGGCCAUCUGGUUUCACUCCAAGAAAAAGCUCUUACUACAAGUUUUAGUCUAUAAAAUGUAUAAAAAGUUUAUAAAAAAUAAACAGUAUUAGUACAUGAAAUUGUGCUACAUGUUAGCUAAGACAAUGAAGCAUAGAUCAAUCUGGAAAAGUCAUUGGGAUUUGUUUACUUGACUUUUGCACAAUGAGCUAAUGCCAUAGCUAAUUAGCUUGCUAGAGAUCCAUUGCUUGAGUCGUGUAAGCCUAUAACUAAACUGAUUCCCUGAAAAGCUUAAGUGGAUUGAUUUUGAGUUCUCCAGAAAGAUUGAGACACUGUGAAUAGCUCCAAAAGUACUAUUUCUAAUAAAUCAACAUGAAAUAUAAUGCAGCUGCUUAUUUGAUAACGGUUCUGUAGGUUGCACAUUUACACUUUGGCUUCACAAAGGAAGCUAUUUUAAAAUGAAAUUACAAUAAAAAUUUUAAAAAUUACACUAGGGCAAAAAGAUUUUUACUAAACACACCGAAAAUAUUCUGAAAGAGCUAUUAUAUCCAAUUUGCAAACAGACAGAAAGCAACGUAAAAUCAGCUGAAAUAUUGCCUACAACAACUGUUCAACUUGUGGGCUGCAUAUGCAGAGUAUACAAAUAAAUGACAGUAAUGCCAUCAGUGAGCUGUUACAAGUUAUGCCAUAUAUACAUCAUAUAUAUGUUUAUCACGCAACAACUGAGAGUUUAAACUUACAAAAGAGUGCAUGUUAACUUAUAGAAGAUGUAAGAAAAACAAGUGAAAUUGUUGGGGAGAGUGCGUGUAAAGCACCAAAACAAGUGUUGUGCCUAAAUUGAUGACUGGUGAAUAGCUUAAAAUAUAUUAAUUUAUAUAUUUUAUUGGCUAAGACGCCAUAUAUUAAACCAUAGAAACCUCCAAUAGCCUACCUGAAGAAAAGUUGAAGCAUUCCCAAUGAGUAUACAACCGAAGGCUGCCAUCUUUGCUAAUGGAACAUUUGUCAUGUGACUGAUCACCUGUCAAAAGAAAAUUAGGGAAACUCUUUUUUAUACAUUGCUGAAAAACCUAUUUUUGCUAUAAAUUUAAAUAAAGAGCAGCAGUGUUUAAUAAA